UACAAGAACAACGACUUCAAACUGGAGCUGUCAAGACUGGCGAAGGAAGGUGACUCCAAGAUGAAGGUGCACGGGGAUCUCCUGUUCAAGUGCGAGGACGUGGCAGCCUUGGACCCCGUCACCUUCGAGGCCCCUGAAGCCUUCAUCUCCCUCCCCAAGUGGAACACCAAGAAGACGGGCUCCAUCUCCUUCGACUUCUGCACCACGGAGCCCAGCGGCCUCUUGCUGUUCAGCCACGGCAAGCCGCAGCACCCGAAGGAGAACCGUGGCGAGCGGCUGCAGAAGGUGGACUACUUUGCCAUGGAGCUGCUGGAUGGUUUCCUCUUCCUCCUGCUCGACAUGGGCUCAGGAGCCAUCAAAGUCCGCGCCACCAACAAGAAGGUCAACGAUGGAGAGUGGUGUCACGUGGACUUCCAGCGAGAUGGGCGCUCAGGUUCGAUCUCGGUGAACAGCCGGCACCUGCCGUUCGUGGCUAACGGGGAGAGUGAGAUCCUGGACCUGGACAGCGCCAUGUACCUGGGUGGGCUGCCCGACAACAAGGUGGACCUGCUGUUGCCGCCGGAGCUGUGGACGGCGUUCCUCAACUACGGCUACGUGGGCUGCGUACGCGACCUGUUCAUCGACGGGCAGAGCCGUGACGUGCGGCACCUGGCCGAGCUACAGAACACCGGCGGGGUCAGCGGCUUCUGCUCCCGUGAGACCCUGAAACAGUGCGGUGCCAGGCCCUGUCGUAACGGUGGCAGCUGCCGUGAGGGAUGGAACCGCUACAUCUGUGACUGUAUUGGCACUGGCUACUUCGGCAAGAACUGCGAGGCAGAGGGCACCGUGCUGAGCUACGAUGGCAGCAUGUACCUGAAGAUCAUGAUGCCAAUCGUCAUGCACACAGAAGCUGAGGACAUCUCCCUGCGCUUCAUGUCACAGCGAGCGUACGGGCUCCUGAUGGCCACCACGUCCAAGGACUCAGCGGACACCCUGCGCUUGGAGCUGGACGGUGGCCGGGUCAAGCUGACCGUCAACCUAGACUGUGUCAGGACUAACUGUAACCCUAGCAAGGGCCCUGAGACGCUGUUCGCUGGGCAGAAGGUGAAUGACAACGAGUGGCACAGCAUCCGCGUGGUGCGGCGCGGAAAGGGCCUGCAGCUAUCCAUGGACAACAUCACCGUAGCAGGGCAGAUGGUGGGUGACCACACCAGGCUGGAGUUCCACAACAUUGAAACGGGCAUCAUGACAGAGAAACGGUUCAUCUCCAUCGUACCCUCCAACUUCAUCGGUCACUUGCAGAGCCUGAGCUUCAAUGGGAUGCCCUACAUAGACCUGUGCAAGAACGGAGACAUCAGCUACUGCGAGCUCAACGCUUUCUUUGGCAUGCGUGACAUCAUCGCGGACCCGGUGACAUUCAAGACCAAGUCGAGUUACCUGGCAUUGGCUACUCUCCAGGCUUACACCUCCAUGCACCUGUUCUUCCAGUUCAAGACCACAGCCAUCGACGGCCUCAUCCUCUACAACAGUGGUGAUGGCAAUGACUUCAUUGUGGUGGAGCUUGUCAAAGGCUACCUGCAUUACGUGUUUGACCUGGGCAACGGGCCGUCGCUGAUGAAGGGCAACUCGGACAAGCCGGUGAACGACAACCAGUGGCACAAUGUGAUGGUUUCCCGGGACUCCAAUAACGUUCACACCCUGAAGAUCGACUCACGCACGGUGACACAGCACUCCAACGGGGCCAGGAACCUCGACCUGAAAGGGGAGCUGUAUGUGGGAGGACUCAACAAGGGCAUGUUCAGCAGCCUACCCAAGCUGGUGGCCUCCCGCGAAGGUUUCCAGGGCUGCCUGGCCUCCAUCGAUCUGAACGGGCGCCUGCCCGACCUCAUCGCCGACGCCCUGCAUCGGGUGGGGCUGAUAGAGCGAGGGUGUGGAGGCCCCAGCACCACAUGCCAGGAGGAUUCAUGUGCCAACCAGGGGGCGUGCAUGCAGCAGUGGGACGGCUAUACCUGUGACUGCAGCAUGACUUCCUUCGGGGGAACCCUUUGCAACUACCCUGGCACCACCUACAUCUUUGGUCGGGGCGGGGCCCUCAUCACCUACACCUGGCCACCUAAUGACAGGCCCAGCACCAGGGCAGACCGGCUGGCCGUGGGAUUCAGCACACAGCAGGACGAUGCUAUCCUGGUCCGUGUAGACAGCGCGUCUGGUCUGGGCGACUACCUGCAGCUGCACAUCGAGCAGGGCAAGAUCCAGGUGAUCUUUAACGUUGGCACGGACGACAUUGUGAUUGAGGACAGGAACGUGGUUGUAAACGAUGGUAAAUACCACGUGGUCCGUUUCACCCGCAGUGGAGGCAACGCCACGCUCCAACUGGACAACUGGCCGGUCAAUGAGCGCUAUCCUGCAGGCCGGCAGUUGACCAUCUUCAACAGUCAGGCCUCGGUCAGGAUCGGCGGGAAGGACUAUGGCCGCCCCUUCCAGGGUCAGUUGGCCGGACUGUACUACAACGGCCUGAAGGUGCUGACCCUGGCGGCCGAGAGUGACCCCAACGUCAGGGUGGAGGGCAACCUGCGGCUGGUGGGCGAGGUGCCCUCGGUCAUUGCCACUGAGACUACGGCCACAACGCUGUUGGCGGACAUGUCUACCACCAUCAUGGAGACCACCACCACCAUGGCCACGACCACUACACGUAGAGGGAGGUCACCGACCAUGAAUGACAGGAUCACCCAGAACACAGAUGACAUUCUGGUGGCCUCAGCUGAGUGUCCUAGCGACGAUGAGGACUUACAGGAGUGUGAGCCGAGUACGGCCGGGCCCAGUGGCCCUGGGGCCCCUGGAGCUGUGGAAGUUAUCCGUGAAUCAAGCAGCACCACUGGCAUGGUGGUUGGAAUCGUAGCAGCCGCUGCUCUCUGCAUCCUCAUCCUGCUGUACGCCAUGUACAAGUAUCGCAACCGUGAUGAAGGCUCAUACCAGGUGGACCAGAGCCGGAACUACAUCAGCAACUCAGCCCAGAGCAAUGGGGCCCUGCUCAAAGACAAGCCUGCCUGUGCUGCUGCCUCUGCUGCUGCUGCCAGUGCCAACAAGACCAAGGGCAAGAGGAACAAGGACAAGGAAUAUUAUGUCUGAGGGCUCUGGCUGGCCAUGCAGGCGGGGACAGGGAGCCACACUCAC